UCUGCGCGCAGAAAGAUGUUUCGGGCGUGCAUCCUGCUCUCGCGCGCGGCGGGCACGACGCCGGCGGUGAUCAAUAGAGAGAAGUCUUCUCCGCGCGCUCUGCUCGCCGCCGGCCGCGGCGUAGUCGACGAUCGCGCUCCGUACGCUGCGCCACCCGUGCACAACCUAACCGCACACGCAUCCCGCACGCUCUCGCUCGCCCGUCGCGACCGAACGAACAUCCAGUGCCCUCCUGCCCUCGAACGGAACAUCAACGCUAAAGUUAGCCCGAGUGUUUGCGCUCACAAGACCCGCGCAUCAUCAUCAGCAACCCUUUGCACAGCGAAUAAAUCAACAGACGUCGCCAUGAAGUGGUUAGUUUUCUUCGCGUUCACGAUCGUCUUCCUGGUGAGCGUGGCGUUCGCCGAUGGAGAAAUCUGGGAGGAGGACGACCACGAGAUCCUCAUUCGGGGCGAAAGAGGUGCCAAGAAUAGGGGUAUGCAGAAUUGCAGAUAUGUGAAGGGCCCGUGGACGGAAUGCGACCCGAAGAACAACAUGCGCUCGCGGACGUUGACGCUGAAGAAGGGCGAUCAGUCCACCUGCGAGUCGACCAAGACCAUUCAGAAGAAAUGCAAAAAAGCAUGCCGAUACGAGAAGGGCGCUUGGGGCGAUUGCAAUGCGCAGAGCCAGAUGACGCGGAACGACAAGCUGAAGCCCAACAGCGACCCUUCCUGCGAGCAGAACAGGCAGAUCACGAAGAAGUGCAAAGCGAAGGGCGCGAAACCGACGAAAGGUAAAGCGGGACGCCGCAACCGUCAGUAAACAGUCUGCUAACUGUUAGAAGCUCCAUCCUUCUCGAGCCAACCAUCCCCAAUUUAAAAAUAUCGAGCAGCAAGCGACAUCGAAAGCACUAGCAGAACUACGUUUGCAAACAAUCAAAUAACUAGCAACAACAUUUAGAUCCGAGUGACUUCAGCAUGAUUUACAGUUAGCGAGGCGGUCAAGUGGUUUGCCGCCGAUUAGAAAUAUCCAAUCAUUACAACAUAUUUCUAUUAAUCCCCCUGGUUAUCCGUAUCCCAACAUCUCAUUUCAUAUGACGUAUUAGCAAGUGUAUGUAAACCAAAACCUUCUCGCGUGCACAUAUACCCUAGCCGCCACUGCUACCUUCCCUUCGUCCUCCCUUCAGAGCGUCAUGGGUCUGCGUUCACUGCCAUCCUGAAUAUUUGCAUUCGCGUUAUCGCGACGUAUCUCCGGCACACUCGCGUCACGUCAGAACUCGUUUCCCGUGUCGGUCCCGCAUUCAAAUUGGAAUAUCUUUGCAUCCACCACCUUCCGCUGCCUCCUCCUCCUUGACUGUCAACCCUUCUUACCGAAGGCAUUCCGAAUUAGCAGCACAACACGCCGAUACAUGCACGCGCGGACAUAUUUCCAGCGUUCCCAACACCUCCACUUAGCUAUCUGUUACACUUCCAGACUUCGCAUCCCCCUGUCUCUCAUUAAGUAAGCAAUGCGAAUUUCGACCACUAAUUGGCGUCGGCUAAUUGACUCUGCGGCCGCGCCAACCAAGUGGUGUUUUGCAUUUCGAAAAGUGUAUAGAUGUUCGUAGAAUUGUAAAAUAGCCGUAAUAAUCAUCGAUGAAACAGAAACAACUACUACCAUUUGGAGAAAAUCCGCAACCGGACAAGAGCAACCAACGGAAUCAAAGAAUCAAAGAAAUAUAUUGAUCAUGGUGAAUUGAAACACAGAAUUGAUUGCUACAUGCAUAAACACAUAAUAUACUACUUUAAAUAUAAGAAUAAGAGGAAACAUUUACGAAGUAAGUUUGAGUUGCUUUCUCCGAGAAUAAAUACCGAAACAGCCAAGUGGGAUAAAUAAUGGAAACAAUGGCAACACAGUAACCGACACUUAUUGAUUCAUAUACUCUCGUGGUUAUUCAAUUUGCAAUUUAUACCAAUAAAUCGUUUGCGAUGCAAAACGAAAUUAGUUCGAAGCGGUCUAACUACAGAUACAAUAUUCAAACAUUUGCAUUUGUGUAAUGUGUAAAUCGAUAACGUAUAGUUGACACAUUGAUUUACAAAGUCAUCUUUGAUUGACCUUAAGUAAAGAACCAGAUUAACUAAAUCAAUUGUAAACAUAAUGAAUAUAUUAAUUCAAGCGUUGUCAUAUAGUUGAAUAAACAUGUUUGCCAUGCGUUUUCACUUUAGGUCGAUUCAAAAUGUUUUCAUUUCAUGUGGGUUUCUUUCUUUUUACUUAUUAUUAUCACAAUCGAUUAUAAUAAAUGUGAAUGUGGAUAUUCAUAAUAUUAAUAUAAUAAUUAACAAUAUAUCAUGUAUUUGACAUAUUUAAAAGACUUUCAAAUAAAAUGUUUAACAAUUAAACCAAAAAUAA